UGGGAAUCUGGCAGCACCAUGGCCAACGAGCAAAAUCCCCCCAUUUACAUGGACAUCGCGUCCCGUGGCAACACCCUGGGCUGCAUCGUCAUGGAACUCAGGGCUGAUGUGAUCCCCAAAACUGCAGAAAAUUUCCAUGCAUUGUGCACAGGCGAGAAGGGAUUUGGUUACAAGGGCUUGGUAUUCCACAGAAUCAUUCCCGGCUUCAUGUGCCAGGUUGGUGGCUCCACAAAGAGUAAUGGCACUGGUGGGAAGCCCAUCUAUGGUGAGAAGUUUGCCGAUGAGAAUUUCCAACUGAGGCACAGGGGGCAUGGUACCUUGUCUAUGGCCAACACUGGACCAAAUACAAAUGGAUCCCAGUUCUUUAAAUGCUCUUCAGAUACUCCAUGGUUGGACGGAAAGCAUGUUGCAUUUGAUAAGGUUAUAGUGAGCUCCCAGGUUGUAAAGAAGAUGGAGAAAUUGGACAUUGAUGAUGGCAAAACUAGCAGUACUGUUAGCAUCAUUAAUUGUAGACAAAUGUGGAUGGAAUUAUAUGAUUAA